UGUAAAACGAUACGAACGACUUACGAGAUCUCAACAAUGUACUCCAAAGUUCUUAUUGCACUUUGCGUCUUGGUGGCAGUGGCUACAGCAGUUCCAGCUCAGCCUGGAGGUGCUUGGGGUGGAUGGGGCGGCUGGGGAGCUCCCGGUGCCGGACCAGCUGGUGGUGUAAACCCUUGGCUACCACCUUGGCUAGCGGGCGCACCCUGGAUACCCCAAUGGACGAUAUGCUCCGGUGUCGGUGCGUCCUGCUUAGACUGUACCACGAAAUUGGUCUGCACAAAGAUUGGAGGACUCCAGCGCGCUUGCACUGACCCUGCUCUGCCUUACUGCAACCUGGGCCAAUGUUCCGCCACUCCUACUGCCGAAUGUGCUCCAGCAACCACUGAAGCCAUUGUUCCUCUUUAAAUAUAUGUAACUGAAUAGACAUUAUCUGCAUGCCAAUUCAUAUUGAUAUUCCAAAUGAGUUCCAGUGGAAUAUCGUAGGAUGAAAACUUGGUAAUAAUCAUAUUCGGUAUAUAACAACUUGCAAAGAUCUUGUGCCG